AUGCCAGAAACCGAGGACAUCGCUCUCCGCGAAUCGCGACUUUCGGACGUCGGCGAUCAAUCGCCUCACGAUCCAGAGCAAGAUGCAAUCAAUCUCGAUCACGAUGACUCAAGACAGGGCGAGUCGAGUAGGAAAAGAGCUUGCGUUCUUGUAGGCUCCGCGAUACUACAGCUGCCGAUAUGGGGUAGGUCAAUCCCACUCACACUCUUCCCAGGCUUCGCCAUGAGCUACGGUGUCUUCCAAGAAUAUUACACCACCCACCACCCCCUCCACGGAUCCCCCUCCCUCACCGGUAUCAUCGGGACCACCUCCAACGGCGUAAUGUAUCUCUCGAUGCCGCUCCUCUUCUACCUCUUCACCAAACGCCUUGCGCGCUACCGCCAAACCGCCGCCCUGGCCGGGGCCCUCCUCACCUCCCUCUCCUUCCUCCUCUCCCCCUUCAGCACCACCGUCUGGCACCUCGUCGCAACCCAAGGCGUCCUCGCCGCCCUCGGCUGCGCCCUCAUCUACAGCCCCACCACCCUCUCCCUCGGCGAGUGGUACACGAUCAAAAACCGCGCCGUCGCCUACGGCGUCGUGUUCUCCGCCAAAAACAUCGUCGGCUCCGCGUGUCCGUUCCUCUUCCGCGGCCUCCUCGACCACUUCGGCUUCCGCACCACCCUCCGCAUCUGGACCGCCAUCGCCGCCGCCACCAGCAUCCUCGCCAUUUUCCUCGUGCCUACGCAUCCCUCAGUUGUAGUGUCCCGCACGCACCACGCGCGCAAGAUGCCCUGGACGUUCCUACGCCACCAGACGUUCUACAUCUACGCCGUCGCGAUCGUGCUGCAGAGCUGCGGGUACGGCAUCCCGCAGACGUAUCUGAACGAGUACGCGCAUGACGUGACGCUGCUAUCCCAGACCUCUGCCACUUUAUUACUCACGUUAUUCAACGCACCCGGCAUCAUCUCAUCGUCGUUCUUUGGGUAUCUGAGUGACAAGAAGCGCUUCUCCCUCUCCGCGACGACCGUGACGGCCAUCUCGGCUGGAAGCUCGGCGCUCUCUGCAUUCCUCUUCUGGGGGCUGACGAGCCAGGGGAGUUUGGCGCUAUUAGUGCUGUUCUCUAUUACCUUUGGGUUCUUCGCGGGUGGGUAUAGCGCGACAUGGGGUGGGAUCCUGAACGAACUGGAGCGCGAAGCCGCGCAGAGUAACGAAGCGAUCGACUCGGGGAUGAUCUACGGACUCCUCAACGGCGCUCGCGGAAUCGGCUACGUAAGCGGUGGACUCGCCGGCCUACCUCUCCUCAAAGCCGGGGCCAAGAGCGCGAUUGGAAACUUCGGUUAUGGCACAACCUACGGCCCUCUCAUCAUAUUCACGGGCCUAUCAUCCGUGUUCGGCGGGUGGGGAGUGCUGUGGAAGUUGAAGAGGGUGUUGCGAUUGGUGGGAUAA